AUGUUUGGUCCUUCACUACUUUUUACCUAUUAUCUUGUUACAACUCUUGUCAGGUCACAACCUUCGGCUGAUGUUUUCCGUAGUUUUGCCGGGUAUAUUCCCGAUGAACACAGAGUCGUACACCAUGAGUGGCAGAAUUCAGGAAAAUUUCAAGGAGACAUUGAUGGUGUGGACCGGAACUUGCUGAAACUUCCAGAAGGUCCAGUCCUCUUCAACGCCCUUAAAAAUAAACAACUCACCUGGGAGAAUGGAGUGAUCCCUUACGAAAUGGAUACGGCUUUCUCACCGAAUGAAGUGAAGAUUAUGGAAAAGGCUUUCGACAGUUACCGAAGGAAUACCUGUAUUCGAUUUGAGAAACGAGAAGGACAAACUGAUUAUUUAAAUAUUGUCAAAGGAUACGGAUGCUAUUCUCAAGUUGGAAGAACGGGAGGAAAACAAGAAAUCUCACUGGGAAGAGGUUGUUUCUUCCAUGAAAUUAUUGUUCAUGAGUUGAUGCAUUCCGUUGGUUUCUGGCACGAACACUCUAGAGCUGAUCGUGACGAUCAUAUAAAGAUACUGUGGGAUAAUAUCUUGCCCGGAAUGAAAUCACAAUUUGACAAAAUUUCGGCAGUGUUACAGGAUCUACAAGGCGAAAACUACGAUUACAAGUCUAUAAUGCAUUAUGAUAGUACUGCGUUCUCUCGAAAUGGUCGGAACACAAUCGAAACUGUAGAAGAUGGAUUCACUCAGGUCAUUGGUACGAAUCAAGAUUUGUCGGAACUAGAUAUUAUCAACAAACUGUACUCAUGCAAGGCAAAGAAGAAGGAGAAAAUGAGAGUAACGACUGAAGAACCAAGGAGAUUGAUUCCCCAAGUCGGAGAGAAGAAGCCUGUCGAUUCAGGAGAGAAAUGUGUCGACCACUUUGCCGAUUGUCCACAUUUCGCUCAAUAUUGCACUCGAGCGUCCUUCUUCUUCGUCAUGAAAUCAUACUGUCCAUUCACGUGCAAGCAUUGUCCCGGUGAUAGGAAAAUCAAAAAGUCGGGAUAA